AUGAAUAACGUAAGUUUGGAAUCUAUUCCACAGGAAUUGAAGAAUGAUAAGUCAGUGGUACCAUAUGUUUCGAGGUCAGUUGAAUUGGAGUCAAUAAAUCCUAUAGUUAGUUUUUAUUGUAAGAUCUAUGUGCUAGAGCAUAUUUUAAGCAAUAAGCUACAUACCAAAGAUAAAGAAGUGGAAAAGUUUACAAUUAUAUUAUUGGAUGAAACAGAACAACUCAAAUCCACCGAAGACGAAUCUUUGCACAAAGUUUUGAAUGAUAAAACUCUUUCGCUCAGCGCAGUGAUGUCUUUUGCCUACCAGAUAUUCAACCAGUGCUUACAAGAUUUACAAAGAUAUGAUGGAACUACAAAGCCACAAUUGGUUAGUAAAUUCAAAGCAGGAUUAAAUUUCAUGAAUUUGCUUAGCAUUUUUACCAAUUCAUCAGACGCAAUUGACUAUUCCAAAUUGACGGGUGGCAAGGCUACCGACUCUAACAGCUUUGCGGAGUUGAAUAAGAGCAAAAUCAAGUUAUUGAAGUUCCAAUUAUCGAAAAUAUUGAAGGACCAAGUUGAGGUCCAUGAUCAGGGCUUGGAGGCCGAGUUGGAUCGUGAGUUAGAGAACAUGGGUGAUAAUGGAGCUGAUAACGAUGUACAAGACGACGCGGAGGACAAAGCAUCAGCUGACAACGAAUUGGGAUUACCUGGAGCACCUAAGUCUAUCAAUGAAGAUACAAAUGAUAACGAGUUAGGCUUACCGGUAACCCCUAAAUUUAUCGACGAUAAUAAUGCAGAUGACGCUAACAAAGAAACAAAGAAAGAAGAAAACGGUAAAAGUAAUGAUACCACUAAAGAUGAAGACAUCAGCUUACCCAAAGCACCUCAUUUUGCUCCUGAUGAUGAAGACGAUGACAUCAAGUUACCGGGAGCACCCAAAUUUUUACCUGAUAACGAUUUUUCGCAUAUCAAUAAGUCAUCAUCCAUUCAAGUAUUUCCGCCCGGAAAGCCAGAGGACGACAAUAAAGCGGGCCACGCUCCUUCCAGUAUUCGUUCCCCUAGCACAUCUAGCAUUCCUCCUUCCAAGCCCGCAAGCAGUAACCAAGGGGCCAAUCCGCAGCACCAACAUCUUACCAAGGAGAACGUAUCCUCAAUGGUAGAUAAAGCCGACCAAAUAACAAAAAUCCAAAAGCACGCUAAGUUUGCAAUUUCAGCCUUGAAUUAUGACGAUCUCGACACCGCCGAACGUGAAUUGCUACAAGGUCUUGAACUUCUCAGAGCAGUCAAAGACUAA